GGUCCCGGCGGGGCCGCGCCGAGCGGCGGGCGCUGCCACCCAGGCCCCGAGCCCCGGCCCCGCCUUGGCCGCUCUGUUCCGAAUUCGGGUCAAACCCCGGGGAAACCGGGGCAGACGAUGCGGGGGCUGUGCUCGGGAAGGGGCUCGCCCUGUGUCGGCGCGGGCGGCCCGCGCCGCCUGGUAGGCUAGGGCACAGCAGGACGGACCCGGCUGCCCCCCACACGGGCUAAGGCCAGCCAUCCCCUCACGGCUCACAGCUGGGCUGAGCAGCAGCUGCCCCGCAAGGAGCAGCCCUGGCACCCCCCGCUGGCGGGGCAGCCCCCAGGCUCCGUGUCCCGGCACCGGCCGCGCCCCCGGCCGGUCACAGCCGCUGGCACCGCCUGAGCCCCGGCCUCCUCCACAGCUCUGCCCCCGCAGCUGCCUCACCCGGCUGCCGCUGCUGGUCCAAACAGGGUAGGGGAGUACGGGUUACAAUUAACAGAAUUAAAAAUAGGCUUUGAAUAAACUGAACACCCGGAGAGGCUAGAAAUUUGUUGUGCAGGUGGCACGUUAGGAGGAAGGAUGGCCUGGGACUCCUUGUGCAGCCAGGACUUACGGCGGCCUAGGAUAAGAAGUGCCUCAAGCUGGAUGCCCGACAGUGGGAGCAGCACUGGGACACCAUCCCUGGAGGAGCUGCGGCGCCUGCUCUGCACACGCACACACCCCACAGGGCAUGUGGACGAAGUCUGGCCAAACCUUUUUGUGGGAGACCUGUACGUUGCUCGUGACAAGGCGCAGCUGAGCCGCAUGGGCAUCUCCCACGUUGUGAAUGCUGCUGCCGGGAGAUUUCGCAUCAACACUGGGCCCAAGUUCUACAACGACUUGCCUGUGGAUUACUAUGGAGUAGAAGCAGAGGACAACCCAAAUUUUGAUCUCAGCAUUCACUUCUAUCCAGUUGCUCAGUACAUCAGAGAAGCACUGAAUUCCCCAAGAGUUUCUCGCACAUCCGGAGAGCGCUUCUUCAUGGACAAGAUGUCAUCAGGAAGCUGGAAUGCUGGGAAGAAAAAUGCAUAUACAGCAGUCAAAGUAGAUCCUGAUGAGGAUUAUUGUACCCCAGGAGCAUUUGAACUGGAGAGGCUCUUGUGGAAGGGCUGCCCAAAGUACACUCACGUCAAUGAAGUCUGGCCCAACCUCUACAUAGGAGAUGAAAAGACUGCGCUGGAUCGCUACAGCCUGGAGAAGGCGGGAUUCACCCACAUCCUCAACGCGGCCCACGGGCAGCGCAACGUGGACACGGGACCAGAAUAUUACAACAGCAUGACUGUGGAGUACCAUGGCGUGGAAGCAGAUGAUCUCCCCACUUUCAACCUCAGCCAGUUCUUUUAUUCGGCUUCCAAAUUCAUUGAUAAUGCACUUCAGGAUGAAAGAAGCAAGGUGCUGGUUCACUGUGCCAUGGGCCGCAGCCGCUCCGCCACGCUGGUCUUGGCUUACCUGAUGAUUUACAAAAAUAUGACAGUGGUGGAUGCCAUUGAGCAAGUGUCGAGGCACCGCUGCAUCUUGCCAAACCGGGGCUUCUUGAAACAGCUGAGAGAACUGGACAUAGCACUGGCACUGCAGAGGAGGAACAGCAAGAACAGCCUAGCACCUGUUGAGCAGCAGAACAGCACCACCAUCUAG